GGGAGAUAACUCCCAAGAAGCAGCACUUUUCAUAGCGUUCUGUGGACACAGAAGGCAAGAGCAUGAUGAGGAACUUCAAUAGAGGACAAGGGGGAAGGAUGGGAGGUAAAGGAGGUGGGAUGGGCAGAGGUAAAGGUGGUAUGAAGAACAGAGGUCAGGGUAGUAUGAUGGGAGGUCAAGGUGGCAUGAUGGGAGGUCAAGGUGGUAUGAUGGGAGGUCAAGGUAGUAUGAUGGGAGGUCAAGGUAGUAUGAUGGGAGGUCAAGGUGGCAUGAUGGGAGGUCAAGGUAGUAUGAUGGGAGGUCAAGGUGGCAUGAUGGGAGGUCAAGGUGGUAUGAGAGGUCAAGGUGGUAUGGGAGGUCAAGGUUGCAUGAUGGGAGGUCAAGGUGAUAUGAUGGGAGGUCAAGGUGAUAUGAUGGGAGGUCAAGGUGGCAUGAUGGGAGGUCAAGGUGGUAUGGGAGGUCAUGGUGGCAUGAUGGGAGGUCAAGAUGGUAUGAUGGGAGAUCAAGGUGGCAUGAUGGGAGGUCAAGGUGGUAUGAUGGAAGGUCAAGGUGGUAUGAUGGGAGGUCAAGGAGAUAUGAUGGGAGGUCAGACAGGGAUGAAUAUGAUGACCAACCAAAGUUUUGGUGGUGGCGGCAGCAACCAAAUGGCAGACAAUAGACAAACUGCGUUUGUUGAGCUCAUCCAAAAACAGAGUGAAGUUAUUGAAAAGCUUGCAAGUCGUGUUGGCAUCACGAACGAGGUGAAAAUGGGAGCUGGACCAAUGCAGAUGGGCCCACGAGGAAGAGGAGGCCCCGGUAUGAUGGGCCCACGAGGACAUGCAAUGGGAAUGAGGGGAGAUGGACCCAGAGGACCAAUGAUGCCCGGGCCAUUCGGGGGGAUGGGAGGUGGACCUAGUGGCCCUUUCCAGGGUGGUCCAAGAGGGCCAGGUCCAUUCCAGGGUGGCCCAAGAGGACCAUUCUAUGGUGGUCCAAGAGGACCAGGACCAUUCCAGGGUGGUCCAAGAGGACCGUUCCAGGGAGGCAAUGAAAUGAAUGAUCCAAAAUUCUUGAAAACAUGUCAAAUAUAUCUUGACACAAUGAAGAAAAAUGUGCCAUCUAACGAGGACAAGUUGUCAGGCUUCUGCGUCAUCUGCAGUCAUCAAUCAAAGAACAAUCAAGGCUUUUUCAACCAUCGGAAAAACGAAAUGCACUUACGUCAGGAGGCGAGGAUAGCAGAGAUGCCAGAGAAGAUUCGGAGGCAGAUAGACAAAGUUGUGAAUGAACUGUAUGCUCUCAGAGAGAAGCACAAGUACCUCAUGUACUGUGCUGUCUGUGAGGAGAAGCUGCCUGUCCCCUACUCGGAUCACAAGAACAUGAUUACACAUACGACCAAGGCAAGAGCUACGCGAGCUGGGUGUCGGACAUGUAAGACUGGUCCCAUGAAGACCUACAAGCAGUUCAGGGAACACUGUUACACAGAGACCCACAUUCAGGCUGCAGAGAAGUUUGAUAAGAAGAUGGAGGAUGCAGUGGAAGUGAAAGACUUGCCACCUUUUCAAGAUGGAGUUGUAUACGUCAAGGGGUACAUUGAGCCAACAUCAGGGUACUACUGCAGCCUGUGUCGCAAGUUCCUGAGGGACGACGCCGAGAUGGAGGUCCACGUCCGACUGGAGAGACACUUCAACCAUGUGAAGGAUGAGUAUUACAACAAGAGGAAGUCUGACACGAUAGAUUGGGUUGACUACACACCAGUAGAGGAAGAAGAAGAGGAGGAGGACGGCGCUGACAAGACCAACGGGUCUGCGGCAAACGAAGCGGCCAUGACAGAGGAGGAUGGUAAAGAAGCAAAAGAGGAAGAGGACAUGGAGACAACGGAACAGGACUGAUGAGGAUACACUCCCUGGGAAAUACGCCCAGACUAAACACAUUGAAUGACAUGGAUCUUUGGAUCGUCAACCAAAGAUUUGGAGGUUUCAGACAACAAGUAGUUGGCUUUGAAGACCUCUCUCUUUCAAACUGAUCAACACAAAUAUGUUAAUACUCUGUUAAGUCAUUCCAUGAUUUAUUAUUGAUUAUUGAUUUUUUUUAGCUGGAGAACUAAAAGGAAUGCUACAUAUGCAGUAUACCUGAUAUCUGUCAGCCAUAUUUGGUAAAUGUUUCUAACAUAGCAGCAUGCAAUACCGAAAGAGAAAAAUUAAUUGGCAUGCUAUUGUGUGGUUUAAUAUGAUAAACCUUCCAAAUCUGUUUGCUGCUGAUUGCAUUGACACUAACAAUGUUGCAUCUGUUAACAUUAAUGAAGCUACAUUCAAGGCUUAGUGAAUAGUGGCGACGGCUUGAUUACUUACUCGUGUCCAAGACACCCAAACCUAUGAUUGUGGGUUCGAAUCCCGGUUCGCCCCGAUUAUGUUUCUAGGUUUGUCAGCACCAUACCCGUGUUGUAGGUUUCACCAAAGUGGUAAACGUCUGAGACCUGCAUCACUUCGGGCUUUCCUCCCACAUUGAGCUGACACGCCCCGAUAUAACUGGAAUAAUGUUAAAAGCGGCGUUAAACCCAACUCACUCAUGUCACAAGGAGAAGGCCAGCUCCGUGGUCUAGUGGGUAGAGCGACUGUCCAGAAAGUGGAAAGUCGGUGGUUCGAUCCCCAUUAAAAGAUAAAAUUAAUGUAAGGUGAAGUUCAUAUAAACUGGGACAAGUUAUGUUUCUCACUGCUCUUUCAUGAUCGGUUCUAACACUGGACAGGGCAUUCGUGACUACCGUAUUUAAGUACAUUCAGAGCUCUCUACAAUAAGUAUUUGCAUAUCCUCCAGUAGAAAUUUCUACAUCCUUUUAUAUUCAUGUAUCUUCGUCACGAUAUAGCUGAAAUAUUGCGGAUGUGACGUUAAAUUUCACUCACCGACUCACUCAAUUCAUGUAUCAAUGUAUCUGCUGUGAAUGUUGAUAUCCAUUUGGGAUGAGAAUGAGUACCAUAACCACAUUGAGUCAUUGAGUUUGUUGAUUCUCUGUAUUUGAAUGUCUAGUUCAUCAUGUGUAGUACAAGAGUCAGAACUGACUGGAUUUGUUUGAGGAUGGAGUUGUGUUGGCCAAAAAGAAAUAUGUGUUUCCAGUUUCCCAUUUGACCCUCGUCUGGAACCCUGACCCUUACCUCUUUCUCUCAAGUUACACAACAACUUGGUCAUCCUCCUGGUAUUGUCUGUAUUUUAUAGUUUUAUGCCACGUCUGUAAAUAUUUUUGUGCUUCAGUACUGUGAUUCAUCCAAAAUAAAACCAGUCAUCAUCAUCAAAUCAUCAAAUGACAGUAGGCUUUUACUGUCAUACUGCAAAUUACCAUUUUACAACAAAAAAAGUAGGAAAAAGGGUGAAAAAUGAACUUCCUACCCUAUGUUUAGAGGGGUUGAAAAAGGAAACUCAUUUUGUUUAGGCUGAAGCAAUCUGUAGCUGUGAACAGUCCAUAGUGUGUCAGUGCAGACUGUUAAAACAGUAACGAAAUGUAACAUAACAAUCACAGGUCAUUCAUUCAUGUCGAGUCUGUAUGUUUACAGCAGUAGUGCAUAUUGUCAGCAGUCCUGUGCAGACCUUGUGUAAGAAAGCUGUCACUUAGUGCUACAUGUAGAUGCAUGGGAUUCACACUCAGUUCUUAUUUUCAGAACUGAAAUUGUUGAAUUCAUCAUGUGACUUCUUCAAUAAAGUAUGACUCUCUC